AUGUCCAAUAAUAAUAUUAUAUUUACUUCACUUGCCAGUAAUCUGAACAUUAAUGAAUUGAUUAACAGCAUCAAAAAGUCAGAGCCCUUUCGGGAAGUAAUAUCUUUGGAUUAUACCGAUGGAAGUUCAGAAUUAAUGAACAACUUUGGUUAUCUAGUGCACUCAAACUUGAUGAAUGUCGAGUACAUAAAUAAGAGAUCGACGAUGUCCAGAAAACCGCCAAGUUACAUACUAUGGCUUCCUAAAUUCAGAGGCCACUUAAAAAUAUCAGGAUAUAGCUCUCUACAGAACCAAAUCAUUCGUUACCACACACAUACACGAGUAAAGAUAAUGACGGGAAAUGAUAAUAGCUCCAAUGAUGCGACAGUUAUAGAUGUAGAUGUGUUUUCUGCCUUGAAACUUGCUGAUUACACGUUAAAGCUUAUUGACCAAAUGAUUAAUCUGGGUAAUAUUAGUCUAAUUACGAACAGGCUAUAA